UGAAUGCUGCUAAGUUCCACCAGCUACAGAUGUGAGGCGAAAAGAUAUGUUUUCUUAAUUUGUGAACAUUUGCAGUCAAAUUGUAUAUCUUACGCCGUUGCUGACAAUGGAUAAGUUAACCACAAUCAGUGCGGCGUUGUUUAUGGCUGCGGACGUAUGCGCCAUUGUGAGUCUAGCUAUGCCUGAUUGGAUUGUUACCAGUGUAGGAGGGGAAACACGGUUAGGCUUGAUGUGGACCUGUAUGACGCUAUAUAAUAGGCCACAAGUCUGCUUCACCCCUGAGCUACAACCGGAAUGGCUGAUUGCGUUAAUAUGCAUCUUCGUGGGAUGCAUCUGUAUCACCACAACCAUCAUACUCCUAGCAUCGAGCAAUUGGGAUCGCAAUGUUAUCCCGUACGCCCGGUGGGUUGGCUUUACUGCAAUGGUGUUGUUUUGUCUGGCGGCAGUCAUAUUUCCCCUCGGGUUUCACGUCGACGAAAUCGGUGGCCAACCGUACCAUCUACCACAGUCACAUCAGGUUGGAAUCUCGUAUAUAAUGUUCGUACUAGCCCUAUGGAUCACGGUCAUAUCGGAACUGUUUGCCGAGAAGGUUUGUCUACCACAGUUCUAAUCCGGAGGAGCGUUCCGGUUGCUCAAGUAUUUACUUCCCCUGCAAAAAACGACGUACUGUAAUCGAAUCAAUUGAAUAAUACUUCUUAAUUUCCUAGUAAUGGAAUUGAUAGGUUCUAGAUGUAACAUUAACCAAAAAGGAGUCUAGCUUUUAAGAGAUGUCUGUAGAUAAAUUAUGAUUUGUGAAUGUCCUAGUGAGAAAUAAAUUAAGCGUGUGAUAUUUCCUUUAA